GCUCAGGAAUUUUCCGGUCACUUUCCUUCGAACCAAACAGAAUUGUAUAUAUACCCAACGUUUCUCAAUUGACUCUUAUAGAAAACCCCCGAAAAAGAACAAUCUUUAAGGAAAAAAUUCUCUCUUAUUCUUGAUAACAAUACCUUGAUCGUUUUUGUUUGUUUGUAGAGGAAAAUAGUAUCAUGGAGUGCAGGUCAUUAGAGAUCACAGUUAUCUCAGCCAAAGAUCUCAAAGAUGCCAAUCUUUUCGGCAAGAUGGAUGUGUACUGUGUUGUUUCUCUCAAAGGAGAUGAUUAUAAUUCUAAGCAGAAACAGAAGACACACGUUCAUAAAGACUCUGGGCCAAAUCCUGUAUGGAAUUUCCCCUUGAAAUUCACCAUCGAUGAUGUUGCUGCUCAACAGAAUCGCUUAAAGCUCAAGUUCAUGCUUAAAGCUGAGCGAAUGUUGGGAGAUAAAGAUGUUGGUGUAGUCUUCGUGCCUGUCAAUGAAUUGCUGGGUGCAAAGGAUGGGAAAGGUUCCUUAAGCUAUUCCGUCACUGCCCCGAGAGGGAGGAUGAAAGGAACAUUGAAUUUCUUGUUUAAAUUUGGCGAGAAAUUCAAUGUUACUGCGCCGGCGAUGGCGAAAAAGAUGGACGGGAACGUCUCUGCUUACCCUGCCAUGGGAUAUCAUGCUGCUGCCGGCGGGAAGGAAAUGAACAAGCCUGUCACUGCCUACCCUGUGAUGGGAUAUCAGGGUGCUGCAGGUUCAAGUUAUGCAUACCCUGCGCCACCACCUCAAGCGGGGGGGGAUAAGCACCAGACUCCUUAUCCAUAUCCUUAUAAUCAGCCGCCGCCACCACAACAUGGUUAUGGUGGGUACCCACCUGCUCCCGGACAAGGGUAUCCGGGUUACCCACCACAACCCAUGUAUGGUGGUGGGUAUCAACCUGGGAUACAACAGAGGCCUAAGAAGAGUGGUAGAGGAAAAAUGGGUUUGGGAUUGGGAGCUGGAUUGCUUGGUGGAUUGCUGGUUGGUGAUAUGAUUUCUGAUGUUGGUGACAUGGGUGGUUAUGAUGGUGGCUUUGAUGGUGGUUUUGAUGGUGGCUUCGACUUUUAGUUUUUUUUUUUUGCAUUUUCUUAUUUCCUAAGAAGAGUGGUAGAGGAAAUAUGUUGAUUUGUUUUUUUAAUGAAGUAAUGUUAGUAUUAUGAAAUAUUUGAAGAAUAUUUAUAAAAGAUUAGCACUAUUCUUUCUUUC